AGCUAAGGAUUACUGGGUAGCGCCACAAGGAAGCAGCCGAGUCGAGCAAGAAACUAACGAACGCCCGGUGUCAUUAGGAUUCAUAAUCCACAAGAACAAAAGAAAAAAGGAUCAUGGGAAGAUCCCCAUGUUGCGAAGGCAAUGGCCUGAAGAAAGGGCCCUGGUCUUCUGAGGAAGACAAGAAGCUCCUUGAUUUCAUCCAGCAGCACGGCCAUGGGAGCUGGAUCUCUCUCCCUAAACGUGCAGGUCUUAAUAGAUGUGGCAAGAGCUGCAGAUUGAGAUGGAUAAACUACUUGCGGCCGGACAUAAAGAGAGGGAGUUUCUCCCCGGAAGAAGAACAAACCAUCUUGCAUCUCCACUCCGUGCUCGGAAACAAAUGGUCGGCGAUCGCAACGCGACUCCCAGGCCGGACCGAUAACGAGAUCAAGAACUACUGGAACACCCACCUGAAGAAGAAGCUGAUCCGCAUGGGGUUCGACCCAGUGACUCACCGCCGGAGGACGGACGUUUUCUCGUCGAGCUUGUCGCAGCUCAUAGCCCUAGCGAACCUGAGCAAGCUGAUCGAUUCUCGGCCGCUGGAUGAAUCGGCACUCGCGUUGCAGUCCGAUGCUCUUCAGCUUGCUAACAGUCUUCAGUACUUACAGGGUCUUCUCCAACCUCCAGCUUCAGCCACGGCCAGCAACAACAAUCUAUUCAGCCAAACCUCAUGCAUUACAGAGGCAACCCAAGGUUACACUGCUUACGAUCCUAUCAAGGAAGACCCGGAUCUUAAUUCGUUAUUGUCGUCAACGGCGAGAUUAUUCUCCGAGGGAAUCGCCGGUUUCUCUCAACCACUCCAAGACAAUAAUUUCAUCGCUCAUCAUCAUCUUGUACCCAACUAUUUGACAAACACGCCACCACAAGUCCCUUUCAGCUUCCAAACCUCGUUGAAUAACCAUGUCGACAGGACGGCGGCGACUCAAUGUCUCUCCAUGGUCAACGGGAUCGAUCACUGUCUAGACUCGACAGACUCCGCCCUAUGGGGUGACUACGAUGACCUCGAUCUUCUUCUCCCUCCGUCUCUGACUGAAGCAUCUGCGGUCACGGACCGGGGGGAUGCCAGAAGCGGCGGUUCCUCCGGAGGUUCUCCUUCCUCGUCGACUUCACCUUGGAGCGAUAUUUUCUUCGGAGAUCUGGCAGGGCAUUGAGAUCGAUCUGUCUCUCUUAUAAAAAUUUUACUACAGAAAGCGUGAUUUGAGCGAUUGUUUCCGGGAGUGCUUUUCUCUUGUCACAUUAUACGCAUACUGGGUUUGUUACAUAGAUAUGGUUCUUGUGCUUUUAGGCAUGUGUAAAAAUCACACCCUUUGUAUCAGCAUAUACGACAUACGAGCACGUAGGGACGUGCGUUGGAUUUGCAUGUAGGCCUCAUGCAAUCUGUACGUACGCAUCGUGUACAUAUUUUGUGGAUAUAAUCAUCUUUUGGAUCAAUCUGAUCCUGAGUUUUCCGUUAA